AUGGAAGAUGGAGAGUUAGAUUUCUCUAAUAAGAUGGACCAUCAACUACUGGCAAUGGAUAGUUUUUUGGAUGAUUUCCUUGGUGAUAGUCAUGCAUACACUCAAACAUAUUCUUCCAACCAAACCGAACAAGAUGCACCUUACUGGCAAUGUAAUUUCCAUCACCGUUCUAAAAACCUUCCCGCCGAAGAGAAAACCACUACCGAGGAAACAGAUGACUCUCUGGAAAUUAAAUCCAAAAAAAAACGUCCACCUAGUAAUAGGGAGUCUGUUCGAAAGUACCGAGAGAGAAAGAAAUCCCGGCAAGCUUUAAUAGAGGAAGAACUUAACAAAUUAAGAGUCGUAAACCAGCAGUUGUUAAAAAGGUUACAGGGCCAAGUUGCUCUUGAGCAAGAGGUAUCUAGGUUCAAGUGUCUUUUUGUGGAUAUUAGGGGAAGGAUUAAAGGCGAACUUGGAUCAUUUCCUUACCAAAGACCAACUAAGGGAAAAUGUGGUGGCAUUCCGCGGAACAUGUCGGCCGCCUCUACUUUGGCUGGAGCUUAUGAUGUGAACGACCUUCAAUACCAUGGAUUAGAUAAUCAAGAUGUUGACGUAUCCGGUGGUCUUCAAAAUGAAGGUUUUGGGGCUUCUGAUGGUAGUUAUUUACCGUGUGUUUGGAAUAGUAGUUCAGCAUACAAUGAGUUUCUAGAAUUUGGACAAACAAAUGUUAGGUUAACUGCUAGUGUUAAUAAUCCUUCCACCACUGCCAAGAAGCGGAAAGGAAAAAAUCUCAAAUAA